UCGCAGCUCCACGCAUUUUACAGUUGUCAGUUUUGACUACACCGCGUGUAUUUAAAACCAUAUACUAAAACACUACUUUACGCUCCGUAGCAUAUAGUAUCGGACCGAAACGAACAUUUGAUUUUGAUGAAACUGUGUUAUUUUUGAGUCAUUGUUAUUUCAUUUUGGUUUUCAAAAAUGGCGGAUGGAAAUUUAACAGCUGUAAUUCACAAAAAGGGAGAUUUACGCUUGGAAACAACAAAAAUUCCAGAACCAGGCUCAGGGGAGGUUCAGCUUCGAAUGCAACAUGUUGGUAUUUGUGGAACUUAUCUACAAAUCUUUGACAAUGGUUAUUUGGGUGAACAUGAUGUCACACAGCCAUUAGCCAUUGGACAUGAAUCAGCAGGAAUCAUCAGCAAACUUGGGGAAGGAGUUACUUCCUUUAAAGUGGGUGAUAAGGUUGCAUUAGAGUCUGUGUACGGCUGUAUGUCAUGUUUGGACUGUAAGAAAGGAAACUACAACAUAUGUGAAGAUGUUAAAGUAUGCGGUACACCAAUGACAUGGGGAAGCAUGUCUAACUACUUUGUCCAUCGAGCCUCUGAUUGUUACAAGCUACCGGAAAAUGUGAGCACUGAAGAGGGAGCUUUGAUGGAACCCCUUACUGUAUCUAUUCAUUCAUGUCGCCGUGCAGGCGUUUGUCUCGGGAGCAAAGUUCUUGUUAUUGGUGACGGUCCAAUUGGUGUAACGACAGUUAUCGCAGCUAAAGCAAGUGGUGCCACCAAAAUUGUAAUAACAGGUAAACAUGAUUACCGCCUGAACAUAGCCAAGAAAGCAGGAGCUAAUUUCGCACUGAACGUGACAUCUAUCAAGGACCCAAAAGAAGUUGCAAAGAUGGUUAUAGAUGCAUUGGGUGGCAAAGCUGACAUGUCUAUAGAUAGUACUGGAUUCCAGAGCAGUAUCCAGGCUGCUAUCUAUGCAACCGGCAAUGGCGGCAACGUUACAAUCAGUGGACUGAGAGAAAAUGUUGUUACAUUACCAAUAAUAAACGCUGGUUUAAGAGAAGUUGAUAUCCGUGGAGUGUCCGUGAAUGCACAUUGUUAUCCAAUAGCACGUGAAAUGAUAGCCUCAGGUCAAGUCAGUGUAAAGUCUUUGGUUACUCACCGGUUUCCAUUGGAACAGGUUAACGAGGCGUUUAAGAUGGCGAGGACAAAAGAAUGCAUGAAAGUUAUGAUCAUUUGUAAUAAAGAUUAGACUUUGAUCAACAACAAAAUUGGUUCUUCAUAUUAGUUAUAUAAUAUUAUGUAUAAGCGGAACAUGUUUAUUUUAUAUGUAGACAUUUUUGAAUUACAUUCAAGAAAUCUUAUGAAUCUUUUUUAAUAAGUAACAACCUGUUAGAAAUAACGCAAAUUUGAGUUAGAGUUUGCUCAAAACAAUUAAUCUAAGUUUACCUUAGCUGAGUAUCUGUUUUAAAGAUACCUCUUGUAUUUGAUUGUGUCAUGGUCGUUUCUUAUGUACCGUAUGUUGCAACUGUCAUGAAAAUUAUUAUUUAAGAAUGUAUGAAAUAAUUUUAUCAUGCUAUACUGAAUUGGUGAAGAUGUGAUUUCAUUUUAAUCCUUUCACUUUUUUAUAUAUCCUCCUUUCUUUUUUUUGUUAUGUUUUGUAGAUCUAUAUAUUCUGGAAUUGAUAAAUGUAAUAAACAUAAAAAUGAAAUGUACUGAUGGUGAAAUAUUAAAUAUUUUGGCCUUA